UUGUAUAGUAGGCUGUGCGGUUCCUGUUGUGAGAGGUUCCGCCGCCGGUGAGUUAUGACAACCUGUGCACAGCAGCACGGCGAGGAGUUACCCAGAAUGACAAUUAAAACACCUCUAAUAUAUCUUUAAAAAAAAAAAAAAAAAAAAAAAUUAAAACCCGAGACACGGAACCGAACCAUGAAACUCGCCACUGUGGCCUUUUACGGGUUUGCUCUGGGGCUGCUGGCGGUCGGCCUGCGAGAGUUGCUGACUGGCUUCGAGGAGAACCGCUGCAGUAUGACCUAUAUGUUUGAAUACCCGGAGUAUCGGCGCGUGGCUCUGCCUCGCCGUGUGGCCAGACUGUACCCAGCGUACGGGCUCUACCUCUACGGAGAGGGUCUGUACGCCCAGGAGACCCGAGCGCUCAAACUAACCGGCGCCCCUGUGCUCUUCCUGCCUGGAAAUGCAGGCAGCUACAAACAAGCUCGCUCGCUGGGCUCCGUGGCCUUGAGGAAGGCUGAAAACAUGGAGGGAGGUCUCCACUUCAACGUGUUCACCGUGGACUUCAACGAGGAGCUUGUGGCCCUCUACGGCGGCAGUUUGCUGAGGCAGACUCACUUCCUGCACGAGAGCAUUAAGGCCAUCCUGAGACUCUACAAGCACCUGAAGACCCCCCCUCAGAGUGUGGUGCUCGUUGGGCACUCCAUGGGAGGAGUGGUGGCCCGGGCGCUGUACACUUUGCCCCGCUUCAACACCAAUCUGGUCAGCCUCAUCAUCACCCAGGCCUCCCCUCACCUGGCCCCAGUGCUGGCCCUGGACCCGUACCUGCUGGAUUUCUACUCUGCAGUGAGACAGAAGUGGGUGAACCAGGCGAACAAGCUCAGGAAUGUCACCGUUCUGUCUGUUGGGGGUGGUUACCGUGACUACCAGGUCCGCUCCGGCCUGACGUCCCUACCUUGUCCUCCAGGAGACUCCAAUAAGUUGUCACUGGUGGCUACUGCAGUUCCCAGGACAUGGGUGUCCACUGACCAUCUAUCCAUCGUUUGGUGCAAAGAGCUCGUUCUGGCUACUGUCAGGGCAUUCUUCGACCUCAUCAAUCCUGAAACCAGACAGUUCACAGACAACCCAGAGAAGAAAAUGUCUGUACUAAACCAUCACUUCAUCAGACACCCUGUCAGGAUGUUGGGAGAUACUCAAGACACCUCCAUCUCCAUCUUAGAUCUUCCUGAAGCAUGGAGUGAAGUUAACACACUGCGUCUGGCGUACAGCACACCAAAGGAAGGACAGGUCAAAUACUUCCUGUUCGCCCUGUCGAGUCGCAGGAAAGCUUACAGCCAUUUCUACUGCCGGAGCAACAACCUGGAGAUGACUAGCUGGGUGUACGGCUGCGUGCACAAGAACGGUUCUUCAUGUGUGCAUGCAGUGGAUCUCUCCAUGGGAACUGAGCUUCUGCCACCAUACAAGGUCCUGAUUCUGAGUCUCAGUGACUUGACUUCAGUUACUCAUGUGGUUGUUUCGGCCUCUAACCUCAACGGCAAACAGUUCACGGUGGAGUGUGAGUGGCAGAGACAAGAAUCUCAGACUCUGUCUGUCCCGGUGCCGCAUGUCCUGUCCUUCGGUUUGAGUGUCAGCGAUGUUACGGUCAACUCCUCUGGACUUCUCCACACCAUCAAGCUGCAGCACUUUCACCAGGUGUAUCAAGCUUUCAGAAUUAAUGUUGCAAGCCAGUGUAAAGUACAUAAAGAUAGACUUCCCAAUGUGUACAGAAUAGAUGUGCCGUGGUUUCGAGAGGACUCUUUAACCACAGUCAGUGUGCCAUCAGUGACUGAGAUCUCAGGGAUGCUCCACACAAGUCGUCCAGACAACACCUCAGGUGUCCUUCUUCAGCUCCACACUGCCCCCAACUGCCAAUAUAAGGUGUCAGUAAGGACUUCAUUACCCAGGGUGCUGGGACAGAUACUGAGGUUCUGCGGUCCCAUGGUGCCCGUGUACACAGCUGUAACCCUCCUCCUGGCCUGUGGGGGGCAACUGUCCACCAUCCUGAAGUCGGGGCGAGCUGCAGACAUGAGCCAGGUGGUGGGCAAAGGCCUGCAGCCUCACAAAGUCAACCUUCCUGUUUAUAUUCUGCACAUCUUGCUUAGCUGUAGCUCGUUCCAAGAGGUCUGGUCCGUUCUCUGUCUCCCACUUAUGGAUGCCCUCCCCUCAUCCAUGCCUGAUUCCACAUUUCGUGAGGGCGUGACACCAGUUGAAGAAUGGCCCCUCCUCCUGUCCCCUCUGUUUUACGUCUUCGGGGCAGCUGUUGCAUACUGGGGCAGCACACUCCUCCGUCUCAUUAUGCGGCUGGUCUCGCUAAUAUUAGCUCCACUACACAGGCCAUCUGUCUCUAGAGACUGCGGCACCCUGCGACCGCAGACGCAACUCCUCAUCAUUCUGUGUCUGACUGUUCUGGGCGGGACGUCCUGUGGGGCGCUGUCAAUCGUUACCGCCUUCCUGCUCCACCUUUACAGAGUACUGAGGCUACAGAUGACAGAAAGAUCUUUGAGUCACAUGUUGAAUCUGGCACCCCGGAAGCACAAAGAGGCUGAGAACGGCACAGCUGACCCUGAAUCCUUCACCAAGUCUAAAGAAUGUAAUGGCGCCCCCUUGCUGUCUGAGUGUGCUCUGCAGGAGGUGAGGGAUGACUUGCAGCUCCACCUCUGCUUAUCGGCGCUCUUCACACUACCAGUCAUGCUCAUCGCACCCUCACUCAUCCACUGGAUCCGCAACCUGAGGUAUUCCACCCAGUUGGAUCCUGACCCCUGUUGGCCACACAUUGUGCCUGUAAUCAUUGUGUACAUGCUGCUUAUCAACUGCAACACUUUAAAACUCAGCAACAGUAAACUCCUGCCUCUGACAUCCUUCCUCCCGCUCCCCUUGGCCGUCGCCAUGGUGACCUUCUCUCCACUCCACCUCUACAGAGUCACCUACUUCCUGUUGGCGGCACUCGUCCCCCUGGCCUCGUGUUGUCUGCUCUGACGGUAUCUGUCUGGUUUCAGCCCACAUCUCUACCAUAACAAGCCUUUCUCUAAAUUACAGCUUUACUCGCUGAAGCUGGUCGAGACCGAUCGGUCCCGGGAAGACUUUCUCUCUCCAGCUGCCAUGGAGCAGAGCCAUAGACAUACAUAGCUUGGGGAACUGUCUGCUCAAUGUUGGCGCCAAAAGCUCCACGGCAGUUACACUAUGUUUUAAAAGGAGAGGAUGUAAUGGCCUUGGAACAUUUGGUGCGAAUAUGGCUCCGAAAGAUUGACCCCCGAAACCAAGUUUGCCUUACUCUGUAUAUCUAUAGCUCUGCCUUCAAGGAGCAAGAACUCCACAACCAGUGAAGCUACUGAUACUAGAGCUACUAGCUACUCACAACAGGGUGUUACUGUUAAAAUGUGUUACUUUAUGUUGUUGUUACUAGUGUCUACAGUGGCAUUGUUCACUGUGGUCACUACGCUGUAAACUCCUACACUGCCUACUGCUUAGCGAUGACUUAUACUACUGUGUGUUGUCUUUUACCUGUUAACUGUCAGCCACAAAACCAGUGGCAGCUUCAUGCAUUCAUUCCACAAGAAAAACACAAAGUAAUCAUGUUUACAUCCUCACUUUUUUGAUACAGAACCGGUUCUAAUCUGUCUCACAUUAUUCAGAAGAAGAAGAUUAUGAUGUAAUCCAUGUUCCUGAACAUACAGUGAUGUAGCCAAACAGUUUUACAGGUGUGGCCAGGUUGCGAGCAGUAUUCAUGUUGGGGUAAAUCUGUGUCUUGUUCAGUCUUCUUUCCUGCGUCAGCCGUGUGACAAACACUCUUUCAUUCACCCACUUUGGCAAAAGUGACUGUUAAAUGAGCAGCAGGCCACAAUAAUCCACAAUAAGAGUCUAAUAGUCGAGUGGCCAGAAGUGAAAGUUUAAAUAAUUUCCUACUUGAAUUAAAUGAGCCAAGAACUCGAAGAGAAAAGCAACGAGGAAUCUCAGAAUGGUACAUGUGUAAAAGUCUUGUGUCUCCACUUAAACUCAUCGAAAACCAGUCCAAGUUAACGCUCCGUGUUUACCUCUUUUCUCACCAUAAAUUCAGGAUGAUGUGCAUUUUCACAGCCCUGGUUCCAUCAGUACGAUUACACUACUUCCUCUUUUUAACAGAAAUACUUUUCACACUCAUCAGUUUUCUUUGUUGUUCUGUGUGAAACUACUGUCAGAGAAACUCAAAGCUUCCUGCACAGAUGUUUCACAUUAAAAGCUUGUGUCAUUUUUCCUAGAAAGCUUUUAAUGUGAAAUACCAGUGCAGGAAGUGUUUAGUUUCACUGUCUGAAGUUUAACUUCUGCAAAGUAGAAGCAAAUUAUAAGAGAAUUAAAACUGUAUUUCUGAUUUAAACUUAACAGUAUAUCUGGAACGAUUAGUCAAUUCAUGGAUUAUUUUAUCGAAAGAAAACUAAUAGCCAACUGUUUUGAUAAUCGAUUAAUCGUCAUUUUUGACUGAAAAGCUGGUCUUGGACUGUGUAUUUGUCAAAAGAAACUAUUUUAAUACCUCACUUUGGGAAAUUUUGAUCCUAAUCCAAACAUUUUUCACUAUGUUUUUACAUUUUUUUUAAACUAAACGAUUUAUAUAUGAAUGGUGAAAAUAAUCUGUAGAUUAACUGAUGAUGUGAAUAAUCAUUAAUUGAAGCCCUAUUAUUACUGAUGGAUUUAAUGCUUUUGAAAUGCACAUUAUGCUGAACUUAUCAUGUGUCUGUCCCCUGUGGUGCUCUAGCUGUGUGGCAACGGUUCAGCAGCAACAUUUUAAAAAAGCAGCGCUGUAAGAGGGUCCUUAUGAUCUGAUCAAACCCUCCCAGCAUCGGCAACACUCUUAACUGUUAAUCUGCGAUUUUCCUCGCCAGCUGUUGACUUGCCAAAUAAAAAAUGAGCAGUUUUUGAAGAGGGCCGAGCUCACGGAAACAUUUUAAGCCACUGCUCAUUCAGUCAACAGCCAGGAAAAGUAGUGACCUUUCACACACCAACAUGCAGCGGGCAUCAGCUGCAGCUUUCUGCCUCUAAUCUAAUUAUCUUUUUGAUUUGGUGCGUCCUCACAGACACUCUGGAGUCUGGAGGUGUGAGAGUUUAAUUAAGCUUCAGAGACUCUGUCAGUCUUCUGUCAGGGAGGUUUUUCUUUAUGCUGCUUCGUGACUUAAAGGGUCUGUUAGCUGUUUGCAGCGUUCAGUUUUGAUGGUUGGAAUAUCUUUGAUUUAUUAUUAUUUAUAGGCCUUUCGGUGUCUAUUAUCCCACCAUCGUGAGCAUACAUGCGUACAUUAUAUGUACAUUUCCCUUUGACUUUGUUGUGUUUUAUUGUGUACAGCAUUGAAUUACAGUGGAUGUCAUUCAGCUGAUUAACAGAAAAAGACAAUUUGAUAUCAAAGUAAAAACAAACAUUUAUAAAUAAUUCUAAAUAUAAAAUUAUAUUUGACUGACCUCCCAUCACGUCUAUAUAUCGCAGUGGACCUUUUAGAUGCUGUGUUUGUGCGUAUUCAGGUUUCAAAAUCUGAAUGAACUUGUAGAAAGUUGGAUUUGUUUUUACUUUAAACGUGAUCAGGGUUUUUUCUGUUGAUCAGUAUAAUAAAAUCUGAAUGACCUCCACUGUGAAUCAGUGUUUUAAAUCAAUGGCACAUUAAAACAGUUCAAAGUGAGGCGAGUACAUCACUGGCACCGCUGUAGUGUUUGAUCCACUAACCUCCUUGUCCAAAGCCCUCUCCAGUCUGUCUUAAUGUGCCAAAUUGGCAGCAAUGCACGCGUGUUGACUGGUUAAAUACGAUUACACCAAAAGUUAAUGAGGUGGUUGUGAGAUAAAUAUGCUGAACAGGCAAAUUAGCACCUGGGGAUUGGACAAAUCAUAAAUAUUCAUUGACUUUUUUUAUGUUAUGGAGACAGUCAGAAGCUAAAGCUACAGACGUAGCUAAUUUUCGUAGGUUCAUAGGAUUAAAAUCACUUGUAGUCACUGGUAUUUGGAUUCAGAAGUUUAGUGAAGCUUGGGGCUAUCAAAGUUUAAAGAAAGCAAAUUAUAUACUUCUUCUAAACCACGGAUUUCUGUUCAGUGGAAGAUUAUGGGACGUCUGUGCAGCUGAUGCAUACAGUAUGAUUGGACAUUCAAACAGCAACUUCAAGCUCUUAGCAGGAAACGUAUAAUCCUUAUAUUGUAACUUUCUUUGCGCUGCUGCAGUAUCGAGUUAACAAGAGAAUAAUCUUGUAUUUCAUGGUGUCUGUUCAAGCACAGUUAGUUACCCUAACGGAAGAUGUACAGGGGAAUAUUUAUGACCAAGGAGCCCACCACCUUUUGUCUUACUUUGUUUUGUUUCAUUUUAAAUACCUUUUUUAAUCUAAAGCCGACCGGUUCGAUGCGUCCUUUUACAAACUAAAACUCUUGUGACCAUUUGAAUGUUUUUUUUUCUUAAUAUAAAAGAACACUUGGAUCUCUUAUGGUUCCAGUUUUUAACCUUUUUUAGGAGCAACUUAAGAGACGAAGCUAGAGUUCUGUGUUUUUCUUACUGUCAACGAAAGCCAACAAUGUGUUAUUUCGUCUCGCUACUUUCUGACUUCCCGACCCCGUCGGUGGAACUCGGACACAUUAGUUCCUGCUGAAGAUGCAAGUCUUUAAAAACUGCUCGCAAAUAUGUGGUCCAGUAAUUUCCUUAAACAGUUGGACACUGUAGUUUUUUAACAAAUGUAACUCAAACAGGAAGAAAUAGAGCUUUAGCUGGGGACUAAUUUCAUGUGGAUUAAUACACAUUUGGUGCUCUAGUGAGUAUUUAGAGUAGCAACAGUGUGUCUCAUUGAUGUGUUUCUAAUAGUUUCUGCACACCGAUGGGUGUGUUUCCGUCAACAUAUCAACGCAGUUUGAAGUACGGUAUUAGAAAAGUUUGAUAGAAAUGACACACACACACACACACACAAUACUUGUUGGAGACACUGAUUGUUGGUUUUGGUCUGUUGACAGAAAGAGAAAUAUAGAAUAUGUACAGACUUUAUCCUUUUAAUGACAUAUGUUAUAAGAAGAGGAUGUAAUAUUUGAUAUCAUGAAGGUUUUAGACUUAAAUGGAAGGAACCAGAUGGUCAUUAUGAUUGUUGUGAUGGAAACUGUUUGCUGUGUGGUGGUGUGUUUGGGCGUGGUGUGUUCGAGCGUGCUGUGUUGUUACGCCAUGUGGGCCUAACAUUUUGUUGCUUUUUGACUUCAGUUUUUGUUGCCAAUGACAUUUUUCUUUAAGCUGUUGAACUGUUGCACUCACACCGACUCCCUUUAGCCAUUAGAGUUUCACAACCAUAUGUAAAUGAAUCGAUGUAAUUUCAGAACAAAUUCAACUUAAAACCCAACCACAGACUAGUGGUUUACCGUAUAUGUGGGUAAGUGACAGAUGGUAAACGUUGACCCACAGCUAUACCAAGGUUUGAAUUAAAAUUGUGUCUUAUUGCUUUAUCUUCCGUCCUCCUGCUGUUGCUCACACCCCCUCAUGUCAGUGAAAGCAGCUGCUGUGCCUUUCUGAGCAGUUCAUCUGUUUCAUAGCAGUUUAAAAACCAUUCAGUCCUCAGCAGCAGUGUCUUCGGCUAAAAGACAAAGGCCUACAGUGAAUGUAAGUGUACGUCACUGGUUCUGUGUGAAUGCGUUUACUUAUUAAAAUAUUCCUAAAACGCGGUAGUUUGAGUUUAGAUUCGAGUGACUUUAUAAUAACUGGAAACUAAAGAUCAUUAGGGACCAAUCACUCUCGCCCCUCCAAAGCAAGCAUACAAUCAUACGCCGACAUACUCGACGAAGACGCCGCUGUUGUUCCCAAUGUGAAUGUACCUGCACUGAAUGUCUGUGUGUUUGACUUUAUACAGUUAGUGGUGGUGUAAGUGAUCAGCUUUUCCGUGCACUUGUCUGUCUGGUGCCGUUUUUAGCGCUUUGAGAUGCACAUGGUCUGCCUCGUCGUGAGUUGGUGGCAUACACUUCUUUAUGGAACAAAUUAGGAGGAGGUGAGAGUUAAGUUUUUCUAUAAAUAUAAAUGUGAUUUAUAUCGGUGUUCACUGUGAUUAUGUCGUAGUUCCAGAUUUACACGUGAGGGUUUUCUUUCCAAACUGGGAAAUCCACACUUUAGUGGGGUUGAAAUGAUGUUUUGGACCAUUUAAAAUGAGGUUUCACAUGAUGUUUUGUGUGUUUUGUCUAAAAUGGAAUAACUCACAUUGUACAUCUUAACUACUGCCAUUUUUAAAACCGGUGAAACAGACUGUGGUCCUGUUGCUCUCUUGCGGUGCAGCAAUGAAAAAUGUCUCCAUCUAUCAUCUGGCCACAUAGGAGUUUUACAAGUGAAUAUUCCUCCACUUUAACAUUCUCUAGAUUAAAAUGUGUCUGAGUUUACGAAAAGAUUUAGCUGAACAAAGUUGAUUAAUUUGAAGAAAUCGACUAACUCGUAACUAAAUAGCACCGUUAUUAGGAAUAGCGGCCACUGAAUCUAAUUUCAGUCUAAACUUAAACUGACAGCUAAAUGAUGUAUUUCAGCACUCUACAAUUUCAGAAGCAAAAGGUUUUAGACUCGUGUUGAAACCGACUUGGACAGUUAAGUGUUAAGUGACAGCUUUGCAGCAUCCUGAAUGUCAUCGAGGGGAUUCUCUUACAGUCGGUGAUAGCUCACAGCUGGGAUCUUGUUAUUCAAUCAUCAUGUCAGUAAAAUUUACAUUCGCUCACACAAAAACACACAGAAACAUCCAACCAGUCAGCAGUUGGUGUAGUGGGUACGUUCUUUAUUUAUGCCCCCAGAUGCUUUUUAGGAAGGACAAACACAGUGAGUUAUAAGCCAGUGAUAAAUAACACUACUCUUGCAUGUUUAGCUCACCCUGAAAGGGCCCAGUAGUAUUUGCACAUUAUCAGUUAACUUCUGCUGCUUGACUUCAGGGAGAAAUGUUCACUAUAAAAUGAACAUUAGCCACAGAAGAGGUGCAGAUUUUGCAAUAAGUACUGGCCCACAGACUACAGGGUGAGACAACUACUUAAUUCUGCAUUUUGAGUGAAGUAUUCCUUAUUCCUUACUAUAUCCACUCAUGUAAAUCAAACUGUCUUCGCCAUCAAAUAUUCAGCUCAGAGCACACUGCUGAAUGCAUCAGAGGGGAUUUAGAAGCGGGUGUACCUGCGUACGCCCUGCACUACACCACUGCUACCAAUAAAUAAACCCACAGUUCAUCACAGAGAUUUAUUUUAUCAGCUUACUUUUCUUGUGUGCCGAUCUGUGUAACAUUCAAAUCAAAGCACGCUAAGAAAACUCAGUCGUCCGCUCUACUCGGAUUGAUCACUGCAAACAUGGCAAACACUGUGCAGCUGCGAGAAACCUUCAGCAGCCGUGAAAACAAAAAACGGGCUCUUCAAUCUACUGAAAAAGAAUUCAGUCAAACCAAAUCACAGAUGCAAUUUUUUGUGCAGCGUAAUGAGCUUCUGCUCCUUAUUUAGGAAGUGUGUUCCAGGUUUGAUGUUUCUUGCGUUGAGGUAAAUUGUAGUACAAUACCACAGUUUGACAAAUCCUUCGCAGAAAUGACUUAUUAUGACAACCGACUUUAACCUCUAUGAAACUAUAGAAUUCAGUACUGAAGCUGUUGUUCAUCAUUACCACAACCUGAGCGUCACUAAUGUCUCACAUUGGUUUUAAUUUCCUUCCCAAAUAAUGAAAAAGGUUAAUAAAGAAUGAUCUUUCUAUCUAUCUGGCAAUAUGGAAGUAAAACUUAUUAAAUGUUACAACGUCUAUAAGUGCUUUAAAGUCUGGUAACCUUUUUAUCAGUUUCUUUUAUUCUGCUUCUGCCUAGAGUGACUUUAAAACCUGUAACCUCCUGCUAGCUGGUCCUUGUUGUGCAGAACUAGUUAGUCCUCUGACCUUUGCUAAUAUAUUGUACCGGAAAGAAAGAAAGAAAAUAAUCCCUUGUCUGAGGCAUAGUUUCCUUUUAUUUAUAUUUUCUGGUGAGGCUCUAGUGUGGAAGAGUAUUUUCUCCUCAGGUUUAAGUGUUAUUGUGUCAAAAUGGAUUGCUUUGAUGUUUUUAUAUUUCUCACAUUUUUAUCUGAUGUCAUUGUAAAUGGGCAAAAUGUGCAAUUUUUGGCACCAUUGUUGUUGCAAUAAAACCAAGAAAAAUAA